AUGAGGUGGGCUGCCUUCUGGUUAGCUGUGGCAGCACUCGUUGUGUUUGUUGAAGAUACACAACAAGCAGACUGUAACGCCAAAUUAGACAUUAUAUUUGUGCUGGAUGGGUCACAAAGUGUAACCCUCACGAACUGGGUGAAAAUUAAAGACGCCGUCAUAAACUUCAUCACGAACAUCAGACAAACUGCCGUUGGGGCACGUUUCGGCGUCAUCGUUUACAGCGAUGGCGUCAAACCUAACGGCGUCAUAGAAAUUUCAACUGACGCCGACAUCGCCAACAAAAUAAAGACUCUCGAUUAUCCAGAGGAUGCCACAGACACCCACGUGGGGAUUGACAAGGCAACCGAGAUGUUCCAGAGAACCAAGAUUCCCAACGUGCAGCAGAUAAUGUUCGUCAUCACUGACGGAAUUUCACGUCUGCCCAACGUCACGGCAUUCUCGGCUAACGAGGCUAAGCAUGCGGGAAUUAACAUAUUUGCUGUUGGUAUCGAUACAUCGUUCACACCAAGAUCCCAACGACUGUUCACGGAAGAACUCACCACCAUUGCCUCAAAAAUAGAACAAUAUGUGAAGCUCAGUAAUUUCGAACCAUUGGCUGCCGAAAUAUUGAAAUUUCAAACCCUGGUCUGCGAUGCCGAUGCCUUCAGCCUUGAACUUGCCGACAUAAAGGUACCGGUAGGAGCGACUCUCAUUCUCAUCAGCGGUUUCAGUAAAGGCAACCAGAAUGCAGUCUGGUACCACGAACACCAGAUGUUAACCCAAGGGGGGCGCUUUGAGAUGACCAACACAGGCAACAUGUACAAACUGACUGUCAGGAAUGCUGUUCUCGAUGACAGCGGCAACUACAGCGUCAGCAUCAACGGGGUGACAUCAAGAUCUCAAGUAUCUAUAGUUUGCAACAACGACGUGGACAUCAUCCUUGUCGUAGACGGCUCUUUCAGCAUCACGUCGUCUGUCUUUAACGAUCUUCUGAAACCAGCAGUGAGCGACUUCAUCAGCAACGUUGUCGGAAGCAGCAACAACAACCACGUUGGCGUAAUAUUCUAUAGCCACGAGGUGGAUCAGCCGACGUUUUCGUUGUCUGGAGACGAGACGAAACUGCUACAGUACGUGAACAACCACGCCUACCCCAACGGAGGAACGAAGACAUAUCUUGGCAUCGACGAGGCUGUGUCUAUGGCAGUAACCUCUGGGAGAAGUCAGGCCGAAAAAGCGAUGAUUGUCAUUACGGACGGAGAAUCGGACGACAUAACUAAGACAAUAGCAGCUGCUGUUGCUGCCAGACGGCAAGGGUUCACGAUCUACGCCGUUGGAGUUGGAAGCAACGUGAACUCAAUGGAGCUCGAGGGCGUUGCGUCGACAGCGAAUGACGUCAUUAUAGCAGAAAGUUUCAACGUGCUUGCUACUGAACUCGGAAACCUCACGAAGCAAUGUGUUGCUUUUACUGUGAAGCUGACCGGACAGACGGUGCGACAAGGUGCCACAAUCACGCUCACUGGUACAAUUAACGAAGCCGGUGGGGGCAGGGCGGCGAGAUGGUUUCGAGACGGCGUCGAGAUAUUCGCCGGAGGGAGAUUCUCCAUGUCGGUCAGUGGGUUGGUAUACACGCUCACCAUCACAAAUGCCGACCCUUCAGACGCGAGACUGUACCGAAUAGACGUGGGGGGAGCAGUCUCAGAAGCAAAUGUUGUUGUGAUUGUUUUUGAUGAAAAAUAA